AUGGUCCCAAAUCAAUCUUUUCCACCUUCGUUAACUCUCUUGGCGAUGUAUGGAAGGCUAGAAAAGAUCUGCUUGUCACAGCAGCUAUGUACUAUAAAAAGGCCUAUAUGCAGGCGAAUGAAAAAAUUAAUAAUGCAGGUGAAGAAACUAUCGAAGACGACUCCGUAUACGUUAUCGAAAAGAAAUUUUACGAAACAAGAGAAAAAGUUGAACAGAAAUGUUUGGGAAUGA